AUUUCAAUUUUCACUCUUUCUUUCUUUCUUUCUUUCUUUCUUUCUUUCUUUCUUUCUCCUCACAAUCCCCUGUGUGUCGGUGAUCAGAUCUCCCGACGAAAACGUGCGUUUAAAGCAAAUGCUGUUCGCACUCUGCUUUCACCAAUAGAGAGAGAGAAUUGCCUGUGAUUCAGUCUCUGUCGGCUGCACCGGAGCAAAAGCCUGGAGCCAAUGCGGCUGAUCUGAGUCCCUUCGAUUUCGUUUUCUCCUCUGUGAAACGAGCAAUGAUGCAGACAGAUCAUCAGCGUAAAAAGAACAAUCUAGAGAUGGAGUUCUUCUCUGACUACGGCGACGCCAACAGAUUCAAAAUCCAAGAAGUAAUCGGAAAAGGCAGCUACGAAGUUGUUUGCUCAGCCAUUGACACCCUAACAGGUGAGAAAGUGGCCAUCAAGAAAAUACACGAUAUCUUCGAGCAUAUCUCUGAUGCUGCGAGGAUUCUCCGCGAGAUAAAACUCCUCAGACUCCUAAGACAUCCAGAUAUAGUCGAGAUCAAGCACAUCAUGCUCCCUCCUUCCAGAAGAGAGUUCAAAGAUAUCUACGUUGUCUUCGAGCUCAUGGAGUCUGACCUUCAUCAAGUUAUUAAAGCUAACAAUGAUUUGACUGGAGAGCAUUACCAGUUUUUCCUUUAUCAGUUAUUGCGUGCGCUCAAGUACAUUCACACAGCUAAUGUCUACCACAGAGAUCUGAAGCCAAAGAACAUAUUGGCAAACGCAAACUGUAAACUUAAGAUUUGUGAUUUUGGUUUGGCAAGGGUUGCAUUCAAUGAUACUCCCACAACAAUCAUCUGGACAGACUAUGUUGCUACAAGAUGGUAUAGAGCUCCAGAGCUUUGUGGAUCUUUUUACUCUAAGUAUACACCAGCGAUUGACAUGUGGAGUAUAGGCUGCAUUUUUGCGGAAGUGUUGAUGGGAAAGCCACUUUUCCCUGGAAAGAAUGUGGUUCACCAACUGGAUCUUAUGACUGAUCUGCUAGGGACACCUUCUCUAGACACCAUCUCCCGGGUAAGGAAUGAGAAGGCAAGGAGGUACUUAACAAGCAUGAGGAAAAAGCCACCCAUUCCGUUUACUCAGAAAUUUCCAAACGCAGAUCCUUUGUCUUUGAAACUCCUUGAGAGGCUUCUUGCUUUUGAUCCCAAAGACCGGCCCACUGCUGCAGAGGCACUUGCUGAUCCAUAUUUCAAGGGAUUGGCAAAAGUGGAGAGGGAGCCUUCCUGUCAACCCAUCACCAAGAUGGAGUUUGAGUUCGAGAGAAGGAAAGUCAGUAAAGAGGAUAUCAGAGAGCUAAUAUCUAGGGAGAUACUUGAGUACCAUCCUCAGCUGUUAAAAGAUCACAUGAACGGCGCUGAUAAAACCAAUUUUCUCUAUCCAAGUGCUGUUGAUCAAUUUAGGAGACAGUUUGCACAUCUUGAAGAAAACAGCGGGAAAACCGGCCCUGUGGCACCUCUAGAAAGGAAACACGCCUCUCUUCCCAGAUCAACGGUUAUACACUCAACCACAGUUGCAAGAGGAGGACCACCGAAAUUUAUGAAUAACACAAACACAUUGAACCCUGAAACUACUCCAAAUAUUCCUCUUAAUCACCAUACAACAUCACAAGCACCUCAAAGAAACCUCUCGGGUACUCUUCAAGCAGCUGCCAAACCAAGCACAUUCAUGGGCCCCGUGGCACCUUUUGACAAUGGCAGAGAAGCAUAUGACCCGAGAUCAUUCAUCCGCAGCACUGCUCUCCCUUUUCAUCAACAGUCUAUCACCAUGGGAAAGCAACAAGAGAGGAGAACCACAACCAUGGAGUCUGAGAAGCAAGCAAGACAAAUAUCUCAGUACAACAGACACGUCGCACCAGACGUGGCCAUUAACAUAGAUAACAACCCGUUUAUCUUGGCUCGGACCGGAUUGCACAAGGCUGAAAACAUGAGUGACAGGAUCAUAAUCGAUACAAAUCUUUUACAGGCGACCGCUGGAAUAGGAGUUGCAGCUGCGGCAGCAGCAGCUGCUCCUGGUGGUUCUGCUCACCGGAAAGUUGGAGCUGUUCGGUACGGCAUGUCAAACAUAUACUAAAGCGGGCUUUGAUCACAAUAUAAAUAAAUGGAUGUUAUAUAAUCUGGCAUAUAGAAACGACAGGCAAGGUUCUGAUUUUCUGACGUUUUAAUAGAACCGACGGCUACAGAAGAUGCAUCAGAGUGUACUGUGAAUGGCUCAUGAUGGUGAUGAUGGCGAUGAUGGUUCGAUGACACAACCAACACAUGUGGUAGUACGAGCCCACUACACAAGAACCACUUUGUUCUAAUAUCACAAUAUAAAGGAAAAAUAAAUAGAAAACUGCAUUUGUCACUUAUCAAAUCUUUAAUAAAACAAUACGUGUAUAUAUUUCCUUAUAAAUAAUAGUCUGCUUAUUUCCUC